UCUAUAAAUAUCACCCAAUCACACCCAAUUCAACAAUAGUUAGUACUGAAAAAUCCACUAAUAUAGAUGGCACGUUCAAAGCAAAUAACCCCCAAAUCCACAAAGGGCAGAAAGCAACAACAACAAAUGGCACCAGCCAAGAAGAUCAAGAAAUCCACAAAGGGCAGAAAGCAACAACAACAAAUCGCACCAGCCAAGAAGGUCAAGACUCUCGCAUCAGCCAAGAAGGCAAAGGCUCCCAUCAACCAACAGCAACUCCCACCAGAUAUGAUCAGUGAUUUGUCCGAUUGUAUUCUGAUUCACAUACUGUCUUUUUUGGAGGCACAAGAGGCUGUUCAAACUUGUAUUUUAUCCAAAAGAUGGAUCAAUGUUUGGAAGAAACUUCCAACUCUUGUAGUAUUAUACUACUCACAAUUCAUUGAUGGAGUUUAUGAACAAUUUGUACACAAACUUUUGUCUCUUCGUGAUGACCAGACUGAUAUUCAUUCUCUCAAACUUCACCCUCCUUUAGACAAAAAGCGAAACAACUCUUUAGUGUCUCACAUUGUGAAAUAUGCUUUUUCACACAAUGUCCAACACUUGUUAUUGAACUUCACUUAUUUUAAGCCUAAUUGUUUUUCCUUUUCAUGUCCUACAUUAAAGUCUCUAAAACUUACUAGUGGCCAUUCUGUGAAUAGUAUAUUUCCAAAUUCCCUUGAUUUUCCAGCAUUAGCCACCCUCUCUCUAACCCAUUUUACUUUUUUACCCAAUCAAGAUGGUUGUGCUAGGCCAUUUUCCACAUUUAACAGGUUGAAUACUUUGAUCCUUGAUAAAUGUAAGGUCUUGCAUGAACAAAAUCUAUGCAUAUCAAAUACCAAUCUUGAAAAUUUAACCAUAGCUAUGUAUGGCAAUACUUAUUCCGGAUCUUAUUUCGAUAUAGAGUUAUAUGCUCCAAAUCUUAUUACCUUUUCUUUUAAGGGUAAUCAUAUUUCAAAAGUUCUUGGCACCAAGAGCUUUUUCCCUUCUAUAAAACAGUUGACAAUUAAUAUCAGGUGUUUUGAUAAGUACAAGAAGAACUAUUCAACCCUACUCAAUUGGCUAGACACUUUUAAUAAUGUUGAAUCAUUGACGGUUGAUACAGAUACUCUUGAGGUUCUUUUCAAUUUUCAUAAUUUAUUCAAGGAUAAGUCACCUUCCCUAAUUAAUUUGAAGUCACUCAAAAUAGAAACAUACGAUCUUAUAACUUUGUCUCAAUUUGAUGAAGAGGUGGACUUUUUGCUUCAAAACUCCCAUUCUGCAAAUGUUGAAAACAUUAUUGUAGAUAUAUGGAGCAAAAUGUAGAGAUCGUGCUUUGCUGAAUUUAUUUUGAUACAAAAUAAGAAGUUCAAACUUUUUGUCUCAAAGAUGUACAAGUCUUUGGAACACUUCAUUUAGAUUCCCUCCUUAGCCAUUAUGCAUUUCCUGUGUUCCUUGUUUAAAAGUGUAAUGAUUCUAUGUUUGUGAGAUGUUUAUCUCCUGAGGUUGUUUAGCUAACAUCUCCUUUCUUCUCCUACCUUCUUUUGAUAACAUGAGUGUUACUUGGUUAAGUGUUUCAUUUGUGUUACCUUUGUUUGAAUGGUGCAUGUUUAGGUGGAUUACCUGUUGCUUAUGUUUGUGUUACUUGGAUGCUUGCUUAUUUAAGUAGGUGUUUGUUAAGUGUCUUGUUUAAGUAUCUAUGUUGGUAGCAAAUUUUUUUAUUAAUUUUUCUUUUAUAUUUUAAAAUAUUUUACAUUCUAAAGUUU